AUGUUAGCAAAAAUCAUUCAAACCUUAAAUGUAUUUAUUAUUCAGGAAUCUACGAAGAAACAUCCAUUCCCUUGUCCUUGCUCUUAUAAAACUGCUUUAACACAUUACUUGGAUAUUACUAGCAAUCCACGUACUCAUAUUCUUAAAGAAUUGGCAGAAUAUUGCACUGAUUCAAAUGAUAAAGAGAAGUUGAAGUUAAUGACCUCAACCAGUGCGGAGGGCAAGGCUGCUUACCAACAAUGGGUUGUUCAAGAAAAUAGAAACAUAGUACAUAUUUUAGAAGAUAUUCCUAGUUUAAAACCAGCUCUAGAUCACUUAUGUGAACUUCUACCGAGAUUACAAUGUCGUUAUUAUUCAAUUUCUUCAUCGCCAAAGUUGCAUCCAACGUCUAUUCAUAUUACUGCAGUUGUGGUAGAAUAUACGACUCCUACCGGAAGAAUUAAUAAGGGCGUAACAACCAGCUGGUUAAGGGAAAAGCACCCAUCGGACCCACCUUGUCUUGUUCCUAUUUUUGUGCGAAAAUCUCAAUUCCGUCUACCAACUAAAGUGCUCACACCUGUUGUUAUGGUUGGUCCGGGAACUGGUAUAGCACCGUUCAGAGCAUUUAUCCAAGAACGCGAUCUCGCUAAACGGGAAGGCAAAGAAGUCGGUGACACUAUUUUGUACUUUGGAUGUAGGAAGAAAGACGAAGAUUUCCUCUAUAAGGAAGAACUCGAAGAAUAUGUGAAGAAUGGUUCUUUGAUUAUGCAUAAUGCAUUCAGCAGAGAGCAAGACCACAAAGUAUAUGUUACACACUUAUUGGAAAAGAAUAAGGACGAGUUAUGGAGAGUUAUCGGGGAACAAUAUGGUCAUAUCUAUGUCUGUGGUGACGCCAAAAACAUGGCACGUGACGUACAUAAUAUCUUAUUGAAAGUUGUGAUGGAGAAAGGUAAGAUGGCGGAACUUGAUGCAGCUACAUACAUUAAGAAGAUGGAUUCACAAAAACGUUAUUCGAGUGAUGUAUGGAGUUGAAUUUCGUUAUUUAUUUUAAUUUCAUGAAUAUUUAUAAGUCAAAUUGUCUAUGUAAACAUUUGAAAUACGCCUUCAUCAAGAAGCCUACACUUAUAACUUUCGUGCAAUUGUACGAUACGCUUGUAAGCAUUUAAAAUGUUAAGAGAUAAUUACAGAUGUUAGCAAAAAUCAUUCAAACCUUAAAUGUAUUUAUUAUUCGUAAGUAGUUAAUGAAUUUUGUAUAAAUAUUAA